AUGUCCCUGGAAGGGGACGCCGACCAUGCUCCCUAUUACUUCUCCGCCUAUCCGUAUCCCAUCGAGGAACCUGAGUAUGAAUAUCCCGAAGAUGCCGAGGAUUGGCCGCAAUUCGACCGGGGCCCAUCCAAAAAUGCUCAGCACCUCGCCAUCUGUCUGAUGCGCUUUUGCAGCCGUGGCGAAAUGCCAGCAGCAGCCACGCACCCGCCUCGGUUUACGAUGACCUCUUGGGGAAUUUUCAAUUUCGAAGACCUGGAGUGCGUGACUAGAGGCUCGCAAAGGCAGGUGGACUCCGUGUGGCACGAUGCCAGCACUGGGGCCCCUCAUCUGGUAGCUCUCAUGUCAAGCGAGCUCACCCAGCCGCAGGAUGAGGAGCUCUGCCGCGGCGAGGUUGACGCCGCAAUCAUGAUCAUGCACGGGCGCUUGCGGGACCCUUCGCUCCGACCUCAUGUCAUUGCCCCUGUACUGCUCCUCUCGGCCAUCGGGGAGCACUAUCUCCGAGUCAUUGAGGCAUACUUCGACAAGGGCCAGCUUAUCAUGCGGAGCACCCCGCUAAUGGACAUGCGCGAGCGAGACCUGGAUCGUCUCAUCACUUUAUCUAGAUGGUGCUGGGGCGGCCCCAGCAGCAAGGAUACUUACUUAGGAUACCUGGAGGGAAAUAAUUGA